AAGGGGGGAGGGGGAAGGGAGGGAACUCUUGGAUGGUGAAACGGGAACGGUAGCUCGGAGUCAGGGUGGGACUGUCGAGCGGUACAGUCUCUUUUCCGUCGAACCAACAAACUAAACAAAAUGGCGGACAAGGAAAAGAAGAUCAAGAAGAAGAAGGCAAAAGAAGACGCGCCUGCAGAAGAAGCCGCGGCCCCCGCAGCGGCCUCUGGCGGUGAGCGCCAGUCUUCCCGUGGCAGCCGGAAAGCCAAGCGCACCGGCUCCAAUGUCUUCUCCAUGUUCUCCCAAAAGCAGGUCGCCGAAUUUAAAGAGGCCUUCCAGCUAAUGGACCACGACAAGGACGGUAUCAUCGGCAAGAGCGACCUCCGCGCCACCUUCGACUCCCUCGGCAGGCUCGCCGUCGAGAAGGAGCUCGACGAGAUGGUCAACGAGGCGUCCGGCCCCAUCAACUUCACGCAGCUGCUGACCCUCUUCGCCAACCGCAUGUCCGGCGGAUCCGACGAAGAUGACGUAGUCAUCAACGCCUUCAAGACCUUCGACAACGACGGCAAGAUCGACUCCGAAAGGCUCAGGCACGCACUCAUGACCUGGGGCGACAAGUUCUCCGCCGACGAGGUCGACGAGGCGUACGACCAGAUGGAGAUCGACGACAAAGGCUUCAUCGACACCACCAAGCUCAUCACCAUGCUCACCGCCAGCGCCGAAGAGGAGGAAGGUGGAGAGGCCGCGUAAGCAGCGACUGACCAACACCAUCAGAGCAAGGAGUUCCACAGGGCGUCCACCCGACCCGCAGCGGUUCAGCACGUCGAAUUAAACGCGAUGUGAACCGAACAUCUAUUAUUUUAUUUAACAUCUCUAUGUAAUUUAUUGUUUCCAUUUUUUUAAUUUAUAUAAUUACUUAUAAAAUAUAUAAUGAAAAUAUAGUUAUUACUAUACCAAAGUCUUGUACAACUGUCCCUAGUUUGAGUUACAUGAGUAAAGGCUGAGGGAUUGUAUGGAAUACUAUGUAUUCAUUUUCUGUUUGAAAUAAAGAUUUAAAUCAAGUC